AUGAUGCCAUCUGUUGCUCAUGCUCAAUCGACAUUAUUCUCUACAUUGUCAGUAACACCAUCCACUCAUUAUCAUCAUUUUUAUCAAGAAUAUUUUCGUUGUUCACAAUGUACACAUGAUUUUGAUUGUGAUCUAUGGAAACCUGUGACACUUAUAUGUGGUCAUACAAUAUGUCGACUAUGUUCAAAACAACUGUCAGAUAAAUGUCCAGUAAUUAUGAGUAAUCAGCAACAACAACAGUGUAAUACAUUGAUUGGAAAUAUUGACCAUUUAUACGUUAAUUAUCCACUAUUGAAAUUACUUAUGGCAAAUACAAAGAUAGAUAACAUUUUAUUGAUUUCUCAAAGUAUCGAUAUGGAAUAUCGAAAUUGUCCGUUGUACGAACAAUUAGAUGAAAAAUCAAAAUCAAGUUUUAUUUUAACACAACAAUUAUUAGUAGUAGGCAAGAAUCGUGUAAGAUUGAAAUUUAUAAGUGAGAGAAAAAAAAAUGAUCGAAGAAGUUGUAAACACGUUUU